GAUCCGCUCUCAUCGAUAGGGUUUUAAAUCAUGGCUCAGUUUUAAAUUGCCUAUAUGUUUGCGUAUAAAUCUUUAAACUGUGGAAUUCUUAUUAUUACACAAUGUGUCAAUUGUUUUGAGAUAAUUGCGACGUUUAAGUUCAUUUAUAUUGUAAUAAUUCAAAAUAACAAAGACGGUAAAAAGGAUGAAUUCAAACAAGUCUAUUAGAAACAUGUUUAGAAGAGGUGACGAACCUGGCUCUAUUCAGGUUGCCAUUUUGCAGGCCGGAUGGUUGCCUCAGGUUCCCAUUGCGCCUGAUCUGGUCGCAUAUCGGUUUGAACUGAAGCCAGUUAUUGACAAGCUGAUUGGAAGCAAACAAAACAUUCAAUUCAUCGAGUUGGACCGGGAAAACAUCUUUGAACAAGCCAUAGCGUUUUACAAGAAAUGCGAUCAUGAUACGCACGUGAAACUCAUGGUUACAUUCAAAACAGGCGGCGUGAAGGAAGAUGGGAUUGACGGAUCCGGUCUUCGACGGGAGUUUUACCACAGUUUCUUCAAGGUCUGCCUCACAAAAAAGACUAUGUUUGUUGGCGAUGGUCGUCGGAAAUUUCCCUCAAACGACGUUAAUCUAGUGCAGAACGGGUACUUCGCGGCCAUUGGCCGGGCGAUAGUUGCUUCCGUCAUGAACGGCGACUGUGGUUUUCCGUACCUGUCGCCGAUUGUAUUCAAAUACAUGGUGGGCGAGGAUACACAGGAAGACGAACAGCUGGAUGCUGUUCCUGACCUAGAUAUUAAAGAUCUAUGUAAACAUCUGCUGGAUGCCAAAACUGACGAUGAAGUGAUUGAGGUGACGGGAGGAGAUCAAGGCUCGAUCAUCAGUCAUAUCGGAUGGCCAACAGGGGAAAAUUUCAGUUUACGAAACAGAAACGUUCUAGUCCAAAUGUUAAUUCACUGGGACAUAAUAGAGAAACGCAGAAGGGCAUUGGACCAACUAAAAGCUGGCCUUAAUCACAUGGGUUUUCUCGAGGCCACUAAGAAGAACCCAAACCUUCUGCCCCUGUUGGUGUAUUCGGAGAGCUUUAGUCUCAACGCCGAGUACGCUCGAAAUCAACUUCAGCCUAAGAUAAAGGCGUUGGAGUGUGCGGAUGAAACGCAAAUGCAGGCAAAGCGAUGGAUGCAGGAGUUUCUGAACGACAUGUCUGACGAAGAUGCACAAUCAUUCUACCAGUUUGCAACUGGUUCUGCGGAUCCUCCUGUAGCCGACGAAAGCAUUUCCAUGGAAUUCAACUCGUAUGACCAUACAUUGACCCUGCCGUCUGCGAGCACGUGUAGUUCGCUUUUCCGAAUACCUCUAGGGAACAGAACCUCGAUUGAUUUCAAACGGUCGAUGAAAACGGCCUUGGACAACGCAAGAUUUGGGUUCGGUGCAGAAAGGACCUAAUGCUUAUGGCUUGAAAUGGCUUAACGCAUGAUGAAUGAAUAAAACUGUUUCAAUGAAUCCUUGCAUGUGUAUAAUCAUAACCCAAAUACUGUAACAUUCGCAUAUUUUAUUUUGUUUAUUAUACCCUAUCUGAUAUAAAAGUGAAAUGUUUUUACAGAUCGGUUAAUUUUCAUUCAGUUCAAUGAAGUUAUACGGUUAAUAUACUGGUAAUAUUCACAUGUUCAAUCGAGAAACUAGACCACUUUCUAAAGUACGAGUUGUCAGUACAAACUUUUUGCCGUCGUCAUGUUUAAACAUGCAGAAAAGUUUGGAACUCUUAUGUAUUGUAACUGUAUAUGCAGUUAUUGUACUCAUAAGUACCGCAAUGCGUUACAUAACGUGGAACGGAUAGGGUGUAAGCUUAUAAAUAUGGUAUUCCGUAACGGUUUUGUCUGUUUCGACUAAAGUUCUGUGUUACUUAACUUAUUUUUGUUUUUGCCAGUUUAUAACAUAUUUUUGACAAAACAAGACAUGCAUAAUAACAAUUUUUAUACAUCAAAGGCUGCAUUAUUUGUUUCUAGUACUUACUACUGGAAUUGAUUGAUAUGUAAAUAAAGAUUAUUUGAACGUUAUUUUUGCAUUUAAAAAAAUGACUUUAUGAUGAAACAUUUGUAAGCAUUUUGUCUUCAAUAUAAAAGUGCUUUCCAUUGGCGUGCCUAUAAACAAUAAAGUUGUGCUGCUGCUCUUGUUUGCAUACGGCUUAGGAGCAGUUCAUUGUAAUUCAUUGGUAAUAUAUUUUGUUGUUUUGCUUUUUAAUUGGGAUGCUUUGUUGUUGAGUUUAACACAAUAAAUCUUAUGUGAAUAACUUUCUAUUAAAAGUUGUUUGUUGAGUUUCUCAUGAGGUGUCCCUAUUUUCAUUAAUUUCUAUUUGCGUUUGUUGCAUGUUUUUGAACUUCGUAUAGAAUAUCAUUGGUCACGUGCACAUAUAAACAUAUGACUUCGUGCUGUUCAAUUGUUUUUGUUCAGCAAAAUAUUUACUUUGUUUAACAAGCAACGCGAAUUUUGGAAUAGGAAUGUUAUCAUUUACUUGCAAUGGGCUUUGAUGCAGUUACUUGUGUUUCCAAUUCUAAUUUGUUGAUUUGAGAAUCCUGGGGGAAUAUUGCUGAAAUAAAAAGUUUAUCACGCAAUGUUUGUUCAUAAGUUUCGCACCGAGUACAUAACAAUGUUUGAAUAUUUUUCUUUGUU